AUGCCUUGGCGCAACAGUAACCCAAAAGGUGAUUGUACUACAGCUUUGGCACCAUUCUUUUCACAAUCAUUGGUAAAGGCACAGUUUGUAGGUGUUCUUAGGACUGGUGAAGUACUAUACACUCAACAGAAGUUAUACCCAUAUCAAACAUCGGCCGUCGUCAGCUUCCUGACUAAUGGCGACCCCUGGUCAUACGUCUCCAACAAGGAUGUAAAGUGCUCCAGUGGCUACAAUCAACAAUUCUACGCCAGUGCCUCCAUGAAGUUCAGCUUCUACGAUUCCAAGGGCAUCCAGAUCUACCCCGACGGUCAGGUCUACCUCAGUCCACUUUGGGCCAACCCACUCGGUGACCAAGCCUACCGCUUCAACCUCACCUGCAACCCAGGUGCCAACGUCUUCCACGGCUUCUCCCAAGGUCACUACUUCAGCUUCACAUUCAACCAGAAUAGGUUAACAGGUGAUCGAUGCUAA